AUUGGAUUGCUGUCAGAAUAGUCAGUUCGGUUAAAUCCAUUUUUUCACGUGUUCUCUUUAGGAUACAAUAAUUUUUAAAUAUUAAUUUAAUUUUUGUGCUUUGCAUUUGGAAAUUACAUAUAUAAUUUAAGAAAAUGGCAAGUUCAAUUAGAAAAUUGAUCCCAUUGUUGGAUAGAGUACUUGUUAAGAGAUUUGAUCCUGUUACUGCCACAAAAGGUGGAAUACUUAUUCCAGAAAAAGCACAAUCUAAAGUUUUACAAGGACAAGUAGUAGCAGUUGGUCCGGGCGGUAGAAAUAAGGAAGGAGCAAGCAUUCCUAUAGGAAUAAGUGUGGGAGACAAAGUUUUAUUACCAGAAUUCGGUGGCACUAAGGUGGAGUUAGAAGAUAAAAGUGAAUAUUAUUUGUUUAAGGAGUCGGAUAUUUUGGCUAAGUUAGAAUAGAUUUUUAAAUUUAAUCGAAAACACAAUAGAUUUUAUAUUGUUUUUGUAAAACAAUAGCGUAGACUUUACAAUUGUAUGAAGCUUCACACAGUUAUUCUUCAAUAAAUAAUACUUUAGAUAUUUUUAAA